CUCAUGUGCAAAACAGAGAGGAACAUAAGAACACCAAUGUCUUCUUUUUUGAGCAAACUGCCUUCUAUGUCCACCCUUCUUUCCGCCUACGCUUCCCUUUCCACCCCCAUCAUGCUAAUCCGGCCGCUCAAUCUUGUCUGAGAUAGUUCCCAAACCGAUACAAGAACUAAUUUCUUCAAAGCUCUACGAAACACUACCCCGCUACUUCUUCCCCAACUUCACCUUUAUCGCUCCGGAGCAUUGGCAAUCAGUGAACAACGAACGAUUUCGUGCUGUGGAGGCGUAUUUGCCAACCAGAAUCGGCCCCUCUGCUACUAGUCUCGAAAUCGGGUCCAAUCCAUUCGACCCUCACAAGCUCGAGCUGAGAUUUCCUGUUGACUGCAAGAUAAUUGAUGAAUUCCAGGGUAUGAAAUUGGAAUGGUCUCUGCUAAUAAAAGACGAAAAGUUCUUCCAUUAGGAGAAGAGGUACUUCAGGUUGAAGUGCAAGAGAAGUGACCGAGAAGAAGUCAUGGCGAGAUACUUCCCUCACAUCGACACCACGGCGCAAACCAUCCUGAACCAGCGUGAAAAGCUCCACAUCUAUACCUAUAACAAAGAAAACGGUAGAUGGAAAUCCGCAGUUUUCAAGCACCCUGCAAGAUUCGACACUCUGGCUAUGGAGCCAAAGCUCAAGGAGGAUGUAAUCAAUGACCUUGAUGCCUUUCGCGGACGAAAGGACUUCUUCCAGAAAGCAGGAAGAGCCUGGAAACGUGGAUACCUAUUACAUGGUCGGCCGGGAACUGGAAAAUCCUCCUUGGUUGCAGCCAUUGCGAAUCACUUGAGAUAUAAUAUAUACGAUCUUCCGCUUCAAAGUGUUCGAAGUGAUGCCGAAUUGAGACGUAUCCUUACCUUCACCACAAGCCGAUCAAUUUUACUUGUUGAGGACAUAGAUUCUAGUACCAAAGCUUCCCGAGAUCGGUCCACGAUUAAAGAUGAACAAGGAGAGCAUGGAGAAGAAAAGCUUUCUUCUUCUAAUCCAGGGGUAACAGCAUUCAGACAGCUUGCAGACACCUACCUGCAAAUCGAGGAUCACCUUCUCUUUACCGCCAUUGAAGAUCUUCUUAAACAUGUAAAAGUUACUUCGGCCGAAGAUGCGCAGCAGCUCAUGAUCAAAAGUGAGGAGCCUCAAAUCAUAUUGGAGAGUUCCACUGAAUUCCUUAAAAUGGAAAGGAAUAAGAUUGAAGAAGGAAACUAAAGCAAAGCAGUUUUAAUUGUAUAUAAGAAAACUGACUACAUAUU